GCCGGUUUGCACGGUGGCACUAUGGAUAACGUGAUUCUCGGCCAAUUACCUAAGCGGAUUAUAAUAGGUUUCGUCGAUAACAAGGCCUUCAAUGGCAACUAUCAACUAAACCCGUUCAAUUUCAAAAACUAUCGUAUUAAUUUCUUGUCGCUGUACGUCGACGGUGUUCAAGUACCCUCGAAAGCACUGCAGACCGAUUUCGGUAAAUCUGGCCUUUACGUGGACGCGUAUCACACCCUCUUCAGUGGCACGGGCAUACACUUUCUCAACGAGGGUAAUUCGAUAUCGAGGAACGCUUAUGCAGGCGGCUACUGUCUGUUCGUUUUCGAUCUCACACCCGAUCUCUCGGCAAAUAGCAACACCCACUGGAACCUGAUCAAGCACGGUAGUGUACGAAUUGAGGUACGCUUCGACGAACCGCUUGCCACCACCGUGAACUGCAUCGUAUACGCAGAGUACGACAACGUUCUGGAGAUCGACGCCUCGCGGCAGAUCGUCGUAGAUUACGGCGGCUAAACAAUCGAAGAAAAUACAUAGGUCAGCAAUUUGGGGUAUGCAUCAUCAUCAUCUUUUGUGCACUCGGUAUCACCUGUGAUCGUCAG